GGUAGUUCCAUCACACGGGCAGGUAUCAGUUUUGUUAAAAAGGCCUCCCUCAUCGCACUCGUCAUCACCGCAUGAGGGAUUGCUCGAGCAGAUGUCCGAUGGAGCUAACAGAACAGCAGUGGGAAACAAAGGGUCAAAGGCGUCGUUCAGUGAGAUGUUGAAGAAUAGCAGUAGCAGUAGCAGCAUGAAGAAAGUGGCAGCAGAGCCAUCUUCUGAUCCAAACGAAGGAAACAAAGGCGGUGGUGGGAAGAAGAAAGGCAAGAAAGGGAGGCAGCUUGAUCCAGCUCUUCUCGGUUUCAAAGUCACUAGCAAUCGUCUUAUGGGUGAAAUUCACCGCGCUGAUGACUUUUAGUCAAUUCUGAUACCCUG